AUGGUUCUUGGCUCUGGAGUUUAUCGUAUUGGCUCUAGUGUUGAGUUCGACUGGUGUGCUGUCGGCUGUGUCAAAGGACUUCGACGCCUUGGAUGGAAAACAGUUAUCAUCAACUGUGAUCUCCAAAUUGUAUCAGCUGACUUUGAUAUCUUAUUCGCGCGUGAUAUAAAUGUCUUGCUGAAGGAGACCUGCCUCUCGCUCACGCAGUUGUAUUCUUUGAAGUUUUUGGAAAUAGGUAUGAUAUGCUCAAAACACACUUCUAGUAAGUCUCGAUUACUUCUAUUUGCAGAUUUGUUCCAUAAUGUGUUUCGCUGGGCUUCCAGUCAGGUGGUUUUCAAUAGUACAAAUAUACCAGACAUAAAAGUUCCAAGGUCUUUAAAUGCUGUUGCCGAGAAAAAUCCACAACCAAAUAUUUUGGGCCAUCAUGUUAUUACAGAGGAAUGUUUGACUUCAUUAGUGGAAGAUAAACAAUAUUACGAAACCCCCAUUCUUCAUUUACUCUCACGAAGAAACAACGUGAUUGCAACACUAACUGAUUGUAAUGGACGAGUUCUGAAUGGCACUAGUUGUGGUGCUGAAGGUUUCCGGAACGCUCGUAAAAUGUCUACUGUUGCUUUUCAAACUGUGGGUAUCUCCAUAGGACUGAAGGCGAAAAAACUUGGGAUUGGGGCUGUGCGUGUUGUAUUUAAUGGGCUAGGGUCAUGUAGGUUGCCUGUGCUCUCAGGUUUGAAUAUCUCGGGACUAAAGAUGAUCUCUUUGACGGAUGAUACAAAAGUUCAUUAUGGCCAUGGGAGAAGACCUAGAAAACAACGUAGGAUUUAAAAGGAACUUUCGCAUCCCUCCUAAUGUAAUCAUAGUAGUGGGAGUGUACAUAAUAUAAACCCUAAAUUUCGGCCUAUUUA